GUGUAGAAAAGAUGAUUUUAAAAAGAUUCAAGAUCGAGAUGCAUACUUAAAUCGUAAAUUUCUAUAUAAACCUAGUAUUAUCCAAAAUCUUAUUGUAACACCAAUACCAUUAUUACAAAAUUCAGCUACAGAUCAAAUUCUGAUACAAAACUAUGUUCUAGUAGAUAAUUUAAUUUUAUUAGAUGAUAUCUUCUUAUCACCUAUUCAGAAUAUGCCUUCAAAUAAUCUUUUACAAAAUGAUACAGAAUGGUUUGAUAAUAUGGAAGAUAAAUAUAAUAUAAAUACUGAUAAAAAAUG